GUCGACUCACAGUUCUGCAACAUCUUUUCCCCUUUCUCUGCUAAACUAGACCCUUUUAGUUUCGUUCAUCCUGACGGAGGUUCUCUGAGCUUAGGAGGAUUGUGAUUCUUAUUCUAGUCUUCUUUCAAAACCGAAUAUCAGGCAGCCUCGAUAAUUAUCCGAACAGAGUCCACCAAUGGAGGUUUUCACCAGUUAUGAUGUGUCGCCGCACUUUUAUCAUGGUACAUCAUGGAACACAAGCACAGGGGUACUUAUUAACACCGACUGUCAUAUUGUUUAUAAUUCUCCUCUCGAUAUCAUUCCGACUCAGCUCAGUAGUUUUUUACCCAAUGAGAUAUUGAUAGACAUCUUAAGCAGACUUCCAGUGAAGCCACUCAUGCAGUUUAAGUCAGUAUGCAAACAUUGGUUAUCUUUGAUUAAACAUAAUACAAACUUGAUUGAUUUACAUUUUAUUCGUUCAAAAUCAUGUCCGAAUCUUCUCUACAUCAACCCAUUGCCAGAAAAGGGCGUCCUUCACACUUGCUUAGACGUUAGCUUCUCAGCAAGCAAAACAUUACAGUAAAGCAUUUCAUGUGCACAGAUAGUUGAAGGCAGUGGUGGUGAGGAAGAUGCCAUUAUUAAUAAGUUUAGGAUAACUGAUGAUGAGUGGUUUCUUUAUAAUCAAGUCUUGGAACCAGUAAAUGGUUUGGUCUGUUUCAUAGAUUUGAAGGCAUAUGCUAUUAAGGUAUACAAUGCAAGUACACGAGAAGAAACACCAUGGGUCAACUCAACGUUAGUAGCAGAAGAAAAUGCCAAACUUGCAAACAAAGACAGCAUGAUGAAGAUAAAAAGUCUUUGUAGUCCAAUUUAUCGAUUUGGGUUUGAUCCAGAGAAAAAACAACACAAAGUAUUCUGCUUUUGGAGACUAGUUGCAAGACGCGAAAAUCAUCGUUACAAUUCCAAGCAACGCCCUGAUUAUGAAAGUUGGGAGGCCUUGACCGUGGGCCAUGAUGCUAAAUGGCGAAGGAUCAAUGCGGUUCCUAAUGAGAACAACCGAAUAAAAAUUCAACAGGCACUCCCUCCAGCUAAUAGUAGUAUGCCAAAUGUGUAUGCAGAUGGUACCAUUUACUGGAGUAACAAAGAAGAUUUUUGGGAUGUAUUCAGUGACUCUAAUCCCGAUGAUCCCGACGUUAUAGUUGCAUUUGAUGUUGGAAGUGAAAAAUAUAGAGUUAUCCCAAGUCCUAAUUUUAUCCUCAAUGAGCCUCGUGAUGAAACCUUUAGGAAGCCUUUCGGUAUGCUAGCAUUGGGUAGACAUGUAGCUCUAGUAUACCGUAUUAAACCCUACGUUGUUAAGUUAUGGAUGUUAGAUGAUGGAGCCGCCAAAAAACUGGAAAAUUGUCGAGGAAACAAAAGUAACUGGAUUGCUGAGACUAUAACUCUACCAUUUUGUUGUGAUGACGGGUUUGGCUGUUUUGGAAUUGCUGGAAGUACAGACAAUAUAAUAUUUGAAAGCCCGGGAUUCAAAGAUUCUGCAAGUGUCGUCGAUUUGUAUUCUUAUGAUCGCAAGGAAAUGACUUGCAAGAAGAUUGAGAUGGAUGGAGUUUCCUCGUUUACCAAACAUUCCGAGAGGUCCAUACUUACAACAUUCACGGAAAGCCUUUUUCCUGUUCUGGACAAAAGUUAGCUGACAUCUUCUGAAGAGUUUCUCUACAUACUGCAUGCCAUGUGGGUGCCUAACUUUGUGAUCUUAUUAGUUAAAACUCUUCCAUUUUCAGGAUCCAUUUUUAGGAAAUACCCAAUCAGUCAGUUGAGUAUUAUGAAACACAAGAUGAAGUUAAAACUAUGGGCAGUCGUAAGUCGAGCCACCUGACUGGCCAUUAUAUGAUAUUAUGACUUUCUUUUGGUUAAUGUUCUUUUUCAUUUAUUUGGUUAUUGUCGAUUUUUUAGACCUGUAGUAUUCAUGGGAUGUAUGACGGUUAUCAAUAAUAAAAUCACUUCCAUGUUUGAUUGGUAUAGAAUUCUUU